AUGACAGAUUCGCAGGCGUCUGCAAACAUACAAUCGCACCAGCAGACAGCUUGCUGGAAUUGGGGUGCUUCCAGCUCUGAAGUGGACAGUGCCAUCCGAGCGGCUCUUGUCGAUCUGCGGCCGCGACGGCCCAUCCUCGCGAUUUCGAUGGAAAGUACGAUGAUGGCCACCAUGCAGGGCAUGGAACCGAGCACAAAAACCAAGACGACUGGAAAUUUCGGCAACACCCCGGAACUCCUUGGGGACUCGUCAUUGGACAGCAUCUGUUUGACACGGCUUCAGAUUCGCGCAGACCUGCAGGGCUCUGCCGUGGGCCUGACUCCGGUGCCUGAGCCACAAAGUGUUUGA